AUGGAGCGCGAAAUUUCAGAAUUGGUACCAACGCAGUGUGGUUCUGUGGACAUCGUUCAUGAACUGCAUAUGACGAUGAUAGAUGGGAAAGUGGCAAAUGGCAUCGCUGACGUCCCUUCGGCAGCAACGUGUCCCAUUUGUCUGGCAAAACCAAGCGAGAUGAACAAUUUGGCACUUUUAGCCAUGAAACCUAUUCGCGAUGAUUUGUACCGCUACGGAAUUUCGUCGCUACAUAUGAAAAUAAGAUGUAUGGAGUGUCUGCUUCAUAUAUCUUAUAAUAUGGAUUUUCAACGCUGGAGUGCACGAGGGGAGCACAAAGCAUUGAAAGAGGCGAAGAAAAAUGCCACGCAGCAAGAGUUUCGUGAAGAGACGGGACUCCUUAUAGAUAUUGUUAAACAGGGUUUUGGAACAACAAAUGACGGAAAUACUGCAAGGCGCUUCUUCCAAGACUACAAAAGAUCAUCCAGAAUAACCGGGAUUGAUGAAAAUUUAAUUCUACGGUUUGCUGUUAUUUUACAAGUAAUAGCUUCAGAAAAGAAGAUCAAUAUUGAGAAGUUCAGAAGCUAUUGCAAAGAAACGGCAGAAUUAUUUGAACAUUUGUAUCCAUGGUACUAUAUGCCAGCAAGUGUACAUAAACUGCUGCUGCAUGGAGCAGAAAUAUGCAGUUACUUUGGACUUCUACCAAUUGGAACCUUAUCAGAAGAAGCCUCGGAAGCUCGCAACAAAGAUUUCAGAAAUCUGAGAGAAAAACACACGAGGAAAAAAGGAAGAAUCGUUGCAAACGAGGACAUUCUCCACGGACUUUUAAUAAGUUCAGACCCGCACAUUUCCCGAAUAAGGCCGAAAUUUUCAAAGGAAACUCAUCAGUCAUUAUAUGAUGAUGCUGUUAAUUUGCUUCAUUUGGAGGACCCUGACUUUGAAGAAGAGGAAUGCUCUCAAGCAGAACCUGAAGACAUUUCUGAUCCACUGGAAUAA